AUGCGACCUUACCUCCUCCCACUAUCGCUGCUGGCGAUGGUGGUGAAUGGACUGGUGAAUGUCACGGUUGACGACAUUGACACUACGUCCAUUGUCUAUCGUGGCUUAUGGGACCUCUCGACGGACCACAAAUCAAAUCUAGACUUUGGGGGCUCGCAUACCUAUAGUAGCGACCUGUCUGCUACGGCCACGCUCACCUUCACUGGUGUUUCCGUCUAUUUCCUCGCUCCCCGAUGGCCAUAUUCUGUCAACACACAUGUAGCGCUCGAUAAUGGCCCAGGCUUCACUAUCAAUCUCACCGACCCAUUUGCAUCUACCACAUCUCCUGGAGGUUCUGAAUCCGCACAAUGGAGUGUAGCAUGGUCGGCAACCGGACUUGCAAAUGUCCUCCAUACGUUGGUAGUUAGCAUUGCGCCUACAGGAGAGGGAAUUGUGGAUGGGUUCAUGUACACGGUGGAUAAUGAUACCUCUUCGUCCAGUUCAGCAUCGAAUUCGAUAUCAGAGUCUGCUACCAGUUCAUCGGCCGCAAGCUCAGCGACUAGCUCCGCAGCUUCUUUGACGACUCCCAGAAGAAAUGAUACACUCACCACUGCUCUUGGGAUUAGUGUCGGAAUUGCAGUCCUCAUUGCAGCUGCUGUUGCAUUCUACUUCUUUUUCUACCGUCGACGGAUGAAGGACAAAUCGCGGCCGCAUUCCCGUCGUGUCCUUUUUGACUCUUGGGGUGGUAAUCUCGACUCGGAGCACCCAGGCUACGCGCAAAAUCGGCAGCCUGAAGUCGUACCCUUCUUUGCUCCGACAUCUGUGUCUCACCAGCCCCUAUACCCAGCAGCCCCAUCAAUUUCGGCCGAUGCCCAGCCUUUACUCACACAGUUCGGUGUUUCGACACCAUAUCGCGAUGAACCGAGAAACACUACAAGCCUUGUGUCCACGAGCUGGAGUGAGACAACGGGAAAGGACUCGCAGUCUGGUCCUUCAACCCUGUCGAGCUCCUCAGCAGCAGGCUCAUCAAGAGGGCCUGGAACUGCUGCCGCUCGAGCUGCCGCGUCCAUCAACGAAAAGCCUCAACCCCCACGACAACAUGCCAUGACCCCAGCCCCACCCGCCUACUCGGCGUAG